AUGGUGCAGCGAAUUGAGAGCACCUUUCCGCGGCUGGGCGAUGGGUGUAACUUGAUCAAGGUGCACCAACUGCUGCACCUUCCCGAGGCCAUCAAGAGAGCGGGCCUGCCCCGGCAGUACUCUGCUGCUGCGUACGAAAAUGCGCAUAUCCGCGCCUGCAAGAUCCCUUUUCGGGCAUCUAACCGGCGGCAGCAUGAGCAGGUGAUCGCGGUUCACAACGGGAUCCAGGCGCAGCUGUCGCGUCUCCCAACCGCGCUCCCUCCGAGCAGGUGGUACAACACGGCUCUGCAGAGGCAUGCAGCAGCACCCCACCACCAUGCACAACACCACGCCACCAUGCAGCAGCACCCCACCACCAUGCACAACACCACGCCACCAUGCAGCAGCACCCCACCACCAUGCACAACACCACGCCACCAUGCAGCAGCACCCCACCACCAUGCACAACACCACGCCACCAUGCAGCAGCACCCCACCACCAUGCACAACACCACGCCACCAUGCAGCAGCACCCCACCACCAUGCACAACACCACGCCACCAUGCAGCAGCACCCCACCACCAUGCACAACACCACGCCACCAUGCAGCAGCACCCCACCACCAUGCACAACACCACGCCACCAUGCAGCAGCACCCCACCACCAUGCACAACACCACGCCACCAUGCAGCAGCACCCCACCACCAUGCACAACACCACGCCACCAUGCAGCAGCACCCCACCACCAUGCACAACACCACGCCACCAUGCAGCAGCACCCCACCACCAUGCACAACACCACGCCACCAUGCAGCAGCACCCCACCACCAUGCACAACACCACGCCACCAUGCAGCAGCACCCCACCACCAUGCACAACACCACGCCACCAUGCAGCAGCACCCCACCACCAUGCACAACACCACGCCACCAUGCAGCAGCACCCCACCACCAUGCACAACACCACGCCACCAUGCAGCAGCACCCCACCACCAUGCACAACACCACGCCACCAUGCAGCAGCACCCCACCACCAUGCACAACACCACGCCACCAUGCAGCAGCACCCCACCACCAUGCACAACACCACGCCACCAUGCAGCAGCACCCCACCACCAUGCACAACACCACGCCACCAUGCAGCAGCACCCCACCACCAUGCACAACACCACGCCACCAUGCAGCAGCACCCCACCACCAUGCACAACACCACGCCACCAUGCAGCAGCACCCCACCACCAUGCACAACACCACGCCACCAUGCAGCAGCACCCCACCACCAUGCACAACACCACGCCACCAUGCAGCAGCACCCCACCACCAUGCACAACACCACGCCACCAUGCAGCAGCACCCCACCACCAUGCACAACACCACGCCACCAUGCAGCAGCACCCCACCACCAUGCACAACACCACGCCACCAUGCAGCAGCACCCCACCACCAUGCACAACACCACGCCACCAUGCAGCAGCACCCCACCACCAUGCACAACACCACGCCACCAUGCAGCAGCACCCCACCACCAUGCACAACACCACGCCACCAUGCAGCAGCACCCCACCACCAUGCACAACACCACGCCACCAUGCAGCAGCACCCCACCACCAUGCACAACACCACGCCACCAUGCAGCAGCACCCCACCACCAUGCACAACACCACGCCACCAUGCAGCAGCACCCCACCACCAUGCACAACACCACGCCACCAUGCAGCAGCACCCCACCACCAUGCACAACACCACGCCACCAUGCAGCAGCACCCCACCACCAUGCACAACACCACGCCACCAUGCAGCAGCACCCCACCACCAUGCACAACACCACGCCACCAUGCAGCAGCACCCCACCACCAUGCACAACACCACGCCACCAUGCAGCAGCACCCCACCACCAUGCACAACACCACGCCACCAUGCAGCAGCACCCCACCACCAUGCACAACACCACGCCACCAUGCAGCAGCACCCCACCACCAUGCACAACACCACGCCACCAUGCAGCAGCACCCCACCACCAUGCACAACACCACGCCACCAUGCAGCAGCACCCCACCACCAUGCACAACACCACGCCACCAUGCAGCAGCACCCCACCACCAUGCACAACACCACGCCACCAUGCAGCAGCACCCCACCACCAUGCACAACACCACGCCACCAUGCAGCAGCACCCCACCACCAUGCACAACACCACGCCACCAUGCAGCAGCACCCCACCACCAUGCACAACACCACGCCACCAUGCAGCAGCACCCCACCACCAUGCACAACACCACGCCACCAUGCAGCAGCACCCCACCACCAUGCACAACACCACGCCACCAUGCAGCAGCACCCCACCACCAUGCACAACACCACGCCACCAUGCAGCAGCACCCCACCACCAUGCACAACACCACGCCACCAUGCAGCAGCACCCCACCACCAUGCACAACACCACGCCACCAUGCAGCAGCACCCCACCACCAUGCACAACACCACGCCACCAUGCAGCAGCACCCCACCACCAUGCACAACACCACGCCACCAUGCAGCAGCACCCCACCACCAUGCACAACACCACGCCACCAUGCAGCAGCACCCCACCACCAUGCACAACACCACGCCACCAUGCAGCAGCACCCCACCACCAUGCACAACACCACGCCACCAUGCAGCAGCACCCCACCACCAUGCACAACACCACGCCACCAUGCAGCAGCACCCCACCACCAUGCACAACACCACGCCACCAUGCAGCAGCACCCCACCACCAUGCACAACACCACGCCACCAUGCAGCAGCACCCCACCACCAUGCACAACACCACGCCACCAUGCAGCAGCACCCCACCACCAUGCACAACACCACGCCACCAUGCAGCAGCACCCCACCACCAUGCACAACACCACGCCACCAUGCAGCAGCACCCCACCACCAUGCACAACACCACGCCACCAUGCAGCAGCACCCCACCACCAUGCACAACACCACGCCACCAUGCAGCAGCACCCCACCACCAUGCACAACACCACGCCACCAUGCAGCAGCACCCCACCACCAUGCACAACACCACGCCACCAUGCAGCAGCACCCCACCACCAUGCACAACACCACGCCACCAUGCAGCAGCACCCCACCACCAUGCACAACACCACGCCACCAUGCAGCAGCACCCCACCACCAUGCACAACACCACGCCACCAUGCAGCAGCACCCCACCACCAUGCACAACACCACGCCACCAUGCAGCAGCACCCCACCACCAUGCACAACACCACGCCACCAUGCAGCAGCACCCCACCACCAUGCACAACACCACGCCACCAUGCAGCAGCACCCCACCACCAUGCACAACACCACGCCACCAUGCAGCAGCACCCCACCACCAUGCACAACACCACGCCACCAUGCAGCAGCACCCCACCACCAUGCACAACACCACGCCACCAUGCAGCAGCACCCCACCACCAUGCACAACACCACGCCACCAUGCAGCAGCACCCCACCACCAUGCACAACACCACGCCACCAUGCAGCAGCACCCCACCACCAUGCACAACACCACGCCACCAUGCAGCAGCACCCCACCACCAUGCACAACACCACGCCACCAUGCAGCAGCACCCCACCACCAUGCACAACACCACGCCACCAUGCAGCAGCACCCCACCACCAUGCACAACACCACGCCACCAUGCAGCAGCACCCCACCACCAUGCACAACACCACGCCACCAUGCAGCAGCACCCCACCACCAUGCACAACACCACGCCACCAUGCAGCAGCACCCCACCACCAUGCACAACACCACGCCACCAUGCAGCAGCACCCCACCACCAUGCACAACACCACGCCACCAUGCAGCAGCACCCCACCACCAUGCACAACACCACGCCACCAUGCAGCAGCACCCCACCACCAUGCACAACACCACGCCACCAUGCAGCAGCACCCCACCACCAUGCACAACACCACGCCACCAUGCAGCAGCACCCCACCACCAUGCACAACACCACGCCACCAUGCAGCAGCACCCCACCACCAUGCACAACACCACGCCACCAUGCAGCAGCACCCCACCACCAUGCACAACACCACGCCACCAUGCAGCAGCACCCCACCACCAUGCACAACACCACGCCACCAUGCAGCAGCACCCCACCACCAUGCACAACACCACGCCACCAUGCAGCAGCACCCCACCACCAUGCACAACACCACGCCACCAUGCAGCAGCACCCCACCACCAUGCACAACACCACGCCACCAUGCAGCAGCACCCCACCACCAUGCACAACACCACGCCACCAUGCAGCAGCACCCCACCACCAUGCACAACACCACGCCACCAUGCAGCAGCACCCCACCACCAUGCACAACACCACGCCACCAUGCAGCAGCACCCCACCACCAUGCACAACACCACGCCACCAUGCAGCAGCACCCCACCACCAUGCACAACACCACGCCACCAUGCAGCAGCACCCCACCACCAUGCACAACACCACGCCACCAUGCAGCAGCACCCCACCACCAUGCACAACACCACGCCACCAUGCAGCAGCACCCCACCACCAUGCACAACACCACGCCACCAUGCAGCAGCACCCCACCACCAUGCACAACACCACGCCACCAUGCAGCAGCACCCCACCACCAUGCACAACACCACGCCACCAUGCAGCAGCACCCCACCACCAUGCACAACACCACGCCACCAUGCAGCAGCACCCCACCACCAUGCACAACACCACGCCACCAUGCAGCAGCACCCCACCACCAUGCACAACACCACGCCACCAUGCAGCAGCACCCCACCACCAUGCACAACACCACGCCACCAUGCAGCAGCACCCCACCACCAUGCACAACACCACGCCACCAUGCAGCAGCACCCCACCACCAUGCACAACACCACGCCACCAUGCAGCAGCACCCCACCACCAUGCACAACACCACGCCACCAUGCAGCAGCACCCCACCACCAUGCACAACACCACGCCACCAUGCAGCAGCACCCCACCACCAUGCACAACACCACGCCACCAUGCAGCAGCACCCCACCACCAUGCACAACACCACGCCACCAUGCAGCAGCACCCCACCACCAUGCACAACACCACGCCACCAUGCAGCAGCACCCCACCACCAUGCACAACACCACGCCACCAUGCAGCAGCACCCCACCACCAUGCACAACACCACGCCACCAUGCAGCAGCACCCCACCACCAUGCACAACACCACGCCACCAUGCAGCAGCACCCCACCACCAUGCACAACACCACGCCACCAUGCAGCAGCACCCCACCACCAUGCACAACACCACGCCACCAUGCAGCAGCACCCCACCACCAUGCACAACACCACGCCACCAUGCAGCAGCACCCCACCACCAUGCACAACACCACGCCACCAUGCAGCAGCACCCCACCACCAUGCACAACACCACGCCACCAUGCAGCAGCACCCCACCACCAUGCACAACACCACGCCACCAUGCAGCAGCACCCCACCACCAUGCACAACACCACGCCACCAUGCAGCAGCACCCCACCACCAUGCACAACACCACGCCACCAUGCAGCAGCACCCCACCACCAUGCACAACACCACGCCACCAUGCAGCAGCACCCCACCACCAUGCACAACACCACGCCACCAUGCAGCAGCACCCCACCACCAUGCACAACACCACGCCACCAUGCAGCAGCACCCCACCACCAUGCACAACACCACGCCACCAUGCAGCAGCACCCCACCACCAUGCACAACACCACGCCACCAUGCAGCAGCACCCCACCACCAUGCACAACACCACGCCACCAUGCAGCAGCACCCCACCACCAUGCACAACACCACGCCACCAUGCAGCAGCACCCCACCACCAUGCACAACACCACGCCACCAUGCAGCAGCACCCCACCACCAUGCACAACACCACGCCACCAUGCAGCAGCACCCCACCACCAUGCACAACACCACGCCACCAUGCAGCAGCACCCCACCACCAUGCACAACACCACGCCACCAUGCAGCAGCACCCCACCACCAUGCACAACACCACGCCACCAUGCAGCAGCACCCCACCACCAUGCACAACACCACGCCACCAUGCAGCAGCACCCCACCACCAUGCACAACACCACGCCACCAUGCAGCAGCACCCCACCACCAUGCACAACACCACGCCACCAUGCAGCAGCACCCCACCACCAUGCACAACACCACGCCACCAUGCAGCAGCACCCCACCACCAUGCACAACACCACGCCACCAUGCAGCAGCACCCCACCACCAUGCACAACACCACGCCACCAUGCAGCAGCACCCCACCACCAUGCACAACACCACGCCACCAUGCAGCAGCACCCCACCACCAUGCACAACACCACGCCACCAUGCAGCAGCACCCCACCACCAUGCACAACACCACGCCACCAUGCAGCAGCACCCCACCACCAUGCACAACACCACGCCACCAUGCAGCAGCACCCCACCACCAUGCACAACACCACGCCACCAUGCAGCAGCACCCCACCACCAUGCACAACACCACGCCACCAUGCAGCAGCACCCCACCACCAUGCACAACACCACGCCACCAUGCAGCAGCACCCCACCACCAUGCACAACACCACGCCACCAUGCAGCAGCACCCCACCACCAUGCACAACACCACGCCACCAUGCAGCAGCACCCCACCACCAUGCACAACACCACGCCACCAUGCAGCAGCACCCCACCACCAUGCACAACACCACGCCACCAUGCAGCAGCACCCCACCACCAUGCACAACACCACGCCACCAUGCAGCAGCACCCCACCACCAUGCACAACACCACGCCACCAUGCAGCAGCACCCCACCACCAUGCACAACACCACGCCACCAUGCAGCAGCACCCCACCACCAUGCACAACACCACGCCACCAUGCAGCAGCACCCCACCACCAUGCACAACACCACGCCACCAUGCAGCAGCACCCCACCACCAUGCACAACACCACGCCACCAUGCAGCAGCACCCCACCACCAUGCACAACACCACGCCACCAUGCAGCAGCACCCCACCACCAUGCACAACACCACGCCACCAUGCAGCAGCACCCCACCACCAUGCACAACACCACGCCACCAUGCAGCAGCACCCCACCACCAUGCACAACACCACGCCACCAUGCAGCAGCACCCCACCACCAUGCACAGCACCACACCACCAUGCACAGCACCACACCACCACGCACAGCACCACACCACCAUACAGUAGAACCACACCACCAUGCACCGCAGCCUCCGCUUCAUGCCACUAUCGACUGGCUAAGAUGCAUACACGCUCUGAUCUGCAUUCUCUAUUCUUAAUGGUGCAUUCGGCGGUGGCACUGCCCCCCCGACAGCUCGACCACAGCACCCUCCGGGCCCAUUACGCACACGCAUACGGGGAGCCUGCUUUCUCGUUCAUUGAGUACGAGGACUCAGCAGGGGAGAUGCAGCAUGGGCGCAUUCAUCUGCUCCUCACACUCGAGGAGGCGCAUGGCGAAACCAAUGUGGGAACUGCUGUGGCCUUCGUGCGCAGGUGGCUGCCGGAGCACGUGGAUCCUUGCACCGGAUGCAGAGUGAUGACGCCUGCGAGCACCAAUGAGGAGUAUUAUGUGGUGCCCAUCGAAGACCUGCAACACACCGUGCACAUGGUCCAGUCCUUUGAGGACCCUGGCGCUAUGGCUGGCUGCGCAACUCGUGCCGCUGCUGCCUGUCGUGUGUGCGCGGAGGGCUACACGGGGCUCAUUGUCCUCGCGCUCCCUGAAACACACUUUCGAAUCUGGCACGGUGAUCGCGUCGCAUACGGAUGGCUUCGCAACUCGUGCCGCUGCUGUCUCUCCUGCGUGCGUGGGGAGGAGAACCUGUGCGUGGAGGGCUACACGGGGCUCAUCCUGAACGGCAACAAGGGCGGCUUCCAACCUCGACUUCGUGCCCCCGCCGACUUCGCCAUUAAACUGCCUGAUGGGCUGGACUCGUUGAUGCCGCCCUUCUUAUGUGCGCCGGGGCUGGACUCGGUUGAUGCCGCUCCACUCAUGUGUGCCGUGGCUGCUCCCCCCCACUCCCCACCUACUCCCCCCCACUCCCCACCUGCACCCCCCCACUCCCCACCUACUCCCCCCCACUCCCCACCUGCUCCCCCCUACUCCCCAACUGCUCCCCCCCACUCCCCACUUGCUCCCUCCCACUCCCCACCUGCUCCCCCCCACUCCACCAACUCCCCACCUUCUCCCCCCCACUCCCCACCUACUCCCCUCUCCCUGUCUCCCUCCCACCCCUCUCCUUCCAGGCAUCACUAUGUACAACCCCCUGCGUGCGCACAUCACCCGCCCAGGCAUGAAAGUCGGCGUGAUGGGCAUCGGCAAUUAGGGCCACCUCACUUUACAAAUCGUGCGGGCCAUGGGGGCACAGGUGACUGCCUUCUCCACCACUGCCAGCAAGGAGGGGGAGGUGAGGAGCAUGGCAUCACGGUCUACAGCCCCCUGCGCGCCCACAUCACUCGUCCAGGAAUGAAAGUGGGAGUUAUCGUCAUCGGCGGCCUGGGCCACCUCGCUUUACAAAUCACUAGUGGACUGGGCAUCGGCACCAUGGGGGCACACGUGACUGCAUUCUCCACCACUGCCAGCAAGGAGGGGGAAACGAGGAGCAUGGGCGCGCAGCAGUUUGUGGUGUAUGAUCCGCACGCUGCCCCUGGAAAGGGGCAUCCCGAGGUGCCCAAGUCUGCCCACGUGGACGUCUUAGUGAACUGCGCGCCUGUCUUGCCUCCUAAUGGGGACUAUCGGAACUUCAUGAGCCUGCUCAACCCAGACGACACGCUCGUGCUGGCCGGGAUUCCACCUGAUGCGGUCUGGCAG